AGUACUUGUUUAUUCUUGACUUCUUCAAAGCGAUUUAGCUAUCUAUGUGUAUUUCGGGAAUAUUUCUUGCCCCCUAUCGUCCAAUGAUGACUAAAUUACAAUAUCUGAAUGUGUAUCUAACUGAGCGUUUGAUGCAAGCUGCCGAGGAGAUACUUAGAGUGGUCGGAGACACAAUCUCUGAGUACCAGGAAGAAAUAGUCCGGACGAAGAGAGAAAACCAAUACCUGAAACGACACUUGAUCACACCGGUCUUCCCUGCUCCUCAGCCCAUUCUCUCUUGGGUCUCAGAGCAGCAAACUCCCCCUGAGCAACAGCACUGUGAGCAGGAGUGGAGCCCCAGUCUGGGGCAGAGGGACCCAGAGCCCACACAGAUUAAAGAGGAACAGGGUGAACUCAGGACUCGUCAGGAGGUAGAGCAGAUUCAAGGGCCGGAGGCUGAUACCAAAGAUGACUCCAUAACCAUUCCUCCCUGUGUGAAAAGUGACUGUGAUCAGGAGCCACCUCAGCCCACACAUCUUCUCCAAACUGUGGAGAACAGAGAGAAGUACUCUCUACUGACCAACACAACUGGACAGAUCAAAACAGAACCUGAUGGAGAGGGCUAUGGAGUAUCACUAUCAGAACCAACCAGUGACUCCCCUCAGUCUCAGCCCCUCUCUGCAGUAAAUCCAGACUGUUCUAGAACACAGAGUGAGAACACUGAAAGUUUUCAGAGAGAUCCAGAAAGGAGACCAGAGGAGGACACACAGACACACUCAUGUACUCAGUGUGGUGCCGUGUUCUGUGAGCUAUCCCAGCUGAAGGCACACAUGCUAUCCCACACAGAACCACACAGUGGUGACACUAGUCACAGGCAAAUCCUCUGCACAGUCUGUUGGAAGUCAUUCACUUCUACCAGUUACCUCAAGGUCCACCUGCGUUCUCACACUAAUGAGAAGCCCUUCCACUGUGGUGUGUGUGGCAAGAGUUUCAGCUACUCAGGGAGGUUCAGAGAGCACCAACGCAUCCACACGGGAGAGAGACCCUACCGCUGCCACGUGUGUGGUAAACGCUUCAACCGGUCUGCCCAUCUGAAGACCCACCUGAGGGUCCACACAGGGGAGAAACCCUACUCCUGUCCUGUCUGUGGGAAAGGAUUCAGUCAGUCCAGCCAGAUCAAGGGACACCUCAGAACUCACACCCGAGGAAGGUAGAAGAUUCCUUGGAGUGAGGGGAUAGACAGAGCCUUCUGUUCUCAAAGUGCCUCCCUUCUCUUCACUUCUACAUAUAAUUGUAACACUAGAGGACUAUAGAAUGUGUAAUGUUUUGCACACUGAGGCACCUCAUGUCUGCAUUGAUUUGAGAGAGUUGCUUAAUAACAUGCUAUGAAAAGACUUGACCCUUAUGUAUCACUUGGUUACACUAACUAUUUUAGAGAGAAAUAUAAUGUUAAUUUUGGUUAGAUUUAAAAAAAAAAAAGAUAUCUUGAUUUUCAAUAGGAGCGGGUUGGUCUCCUUGCAAAUAAACUGUCAUAUUCAUUAA